AUGGACGCCGGGGUCGAUAUCGAUCCCUCUUUGCUUCACAGUCUAAUUGACUGUCUUUCGGUUUCCGCUAUCAGCAGGCGGUUUUUCCAAGUGAAGCAUUCUACGUUUAUUCGUGUCUAUCACUUGAAGGGUUCAUCACUUGAAGGGGUCGAUGUCGACCCCCGUUGGAAUGUCAUUGUAAUCAACCGCCUUCCGGUUUCCGCGAUAGACAAUGAAUCACAGUCUAAUCGGCUCACUUCUAGUUCCCUAGAUCCACCGGCGCGAAGGGGUCUAUAUCGACCGGUAUCCGAAUGCAAGAAGGCCCCACAAGAACCGUUGAUGAUCGGUGGAAGACUUCGGCUCCAAGCUCUAAGGUGUCUCAGGCAUCUGAACGUGAAGCAACGCCGCAAGAGAAUUGUUGUUGGACCAAACUCAAUCCUCGCGUACAAGCAAAGACGAGCGUCAUUUGCAACAAUUCCAGCCCAGAAGGUUCAAAGUGCAGCAACUGAAACUCCUCCCAAGCUCUUCCGUGAUUUGGACUAUUGUAGCACUUGA